GCGAAAUCCAUCUACAUGGGUGAAGACGUUGUCGUAACCCGUAGAUCAGUAAUCCACGAUGCAACGAACAAUUUUCACCCGUACUGGUCCUAGCUGUCAGCAAUGAUUUGAGUUUCUCUUCCAUCUCGUUACUAACAUCGACCGUAUUUGUAUCGGCCGUAUCCCGAGUGGAUCCUCGACCCUGUCACCAUCAUCUCCAGCAAGAAGCAUAAAGGGUGAGACAGACCAACGUUGAGCAAUACAAAAGGCUGCUUUUAUCUUGAUACGGCUAUCUAUACACGAUCCCUCUCUACACAUCUAUACUAUCAUCCAAACAUCCAGCCAUGGCUCCCUCCAGACUGGAGACGAUCUCUUUCACCACCUUCUACAAUAUCGUCAAUGCCGAGCCGCGCUACGCAAAGACAGAAUAUCAUGGCGUCGACCCUACCACCGGAGACCCGAACUGGGAUGUCCCUGUCGCUACUGCGAUCGAUGUUGAAGACGCUGUGGCCGCAGCCAACAAGGCGUUCGAGCAAUGGAAAACCACGACGUGGGGAUACCGGACUGAACGUAUCGCCCGGUUCAAGGACGCGCUCGAAGCUUACAAGGAGGAAAUGACAGACCUGCUGGCGAAAGAAACCGGCAAGCCCAGACAGUUCGCUGCCGCUGAAGUGGACAAUUGUUUCAAGUUCAUGGACUGGCAUAUCGGCCUGAAGGAACCUAAGGGCGAGACCUACGAUCUGCCAGAGAAGUAUGUCGUCAACAAGUUCGUCCCUCUCGGUGUCGCAGCAGCUAUAUGUCCUUGGAACUUUCCCUUGCUGCUUAGUCUGGGCAAAGUUUUACCGGCCGUGCAGAUGGGCAAUGCGGUCAUCGUGAAGCCCAGUCCAUUUACGCCGUACACUGCAUUGAAGAUGGUUGAGAUCGCCAAUCAAGCCUUCCCACCCGGUCUGGUGCAAGCACUCGGUGGUGACGACAAGCUGGGCCCAAUGCUCGUCGAGCACCCUGACAUCCACAAGAUUAGCUUCACCGGCUCGACUGCCACGGGAAAGAAGGUCAUGGCGGCCGCAGCGAAGACUGUCAAGCGCGUAACGUUGGAGAUGGGCGGCAACGAUGCGUGCAUCGUCCUGCCGGACGCCGACAUUGCAAAAGUCGCGCCGUUGGUUGCUAUGGGCGCCUUUUUCAACACGGCGCAAGUGUGCAUCGCGUCGAAGCGCAUCUACGUGCACAGCUCUAUGUACGAGCCUUUCCUGGCGGCGCUGACCGCAGUGACUCGGUCUCUCAAAGUCGGGUCUUCCAACGACGAGGGCGUCAUGCUCGGACCUGUCCAGAACGUAAUGCAGUACGACAAAGUCAAGUCGUUCUUCAGGGAUGCUCAGGAGCAGGGGUAUAAAUUCGCUUUGGGGGGCUCGGGUGAUGGCGACUCGUCCAAGGGCAAGGGCAAGGGCUACUUUAUCAAUCCCGCCAUCAUUGACAAUCCUCCGGACGAUAGCUACAUUGUGCGCGAGGAGCCGUUUGGCCCGAUCGUGCCGGUGCAGAAGUACGAGGACCUCGAUGAUGCGGUGAGGAGGGCGAACGACACGAAGCAGGGAUUGGGGGCGACGGUGUUUGGCAAGGAUGAGCAAUUGUUGCAGGAUGUUGCCGAGAGAUUGGAGGCCGGGAGUGUCUGGGUGAAUACGUUUCCUGACCCGGGGCCCGAGGCGCAGUUUGGUGGUGUCAAGGAGUCGGGGAUUGGGACCGAGUUUGGCACCAUGGGCGUGCUGGCGUAUGCUAAUGUCAAGUCUAUCACGACUGUGAAGGGUUGA